UGGGCGCGGGCCGGGCGGGCGGGCCCGCAGGCUGGGGGCUUUAGGAAGGAGCGCGCGCGGCCGGGCCGGCAGACUGACGCUCGGCGGGAUGGCGCUGGCGCGGGCCUGGAAGCAGAUGUCCUGGUUCUACUACCAGUACCUGCUGGUCACGGCGCUCUACAUGCUGGAGCCCUGGGAGCGCACGGUGUUCAAUUCCAUGCUGGUCUCCUUCGUGGGGAUGGCCCUGUACACAGGAUACGUCUUCAUGCCACAGCACAUCAUGGCAAUCCUGCACUACUUUGAAAUUGUACAGUGACCAAGAUGUGACCUGAGCCCAGAGCUGUUCCCUAGGAAAGAAUCAUCUUCUGAAGUUGGAAUCAUGCGUCAUCAGCGCUCGUAAGAAAACUACUAGAUGUCAACACAACCAACCUUUUGAAUAUAAAGACUAAAAUUCAUGAGUGGAACAGGAAGUGAAUCCUGACUCAUGUGUUUAUGUUCUUUAUUUUUUAUUUUAAAAGAGGCUCUUCUAUAGUAGUUUUUGUCUAUUUCAACAUUGUAGUCAUUUGUACUUUGAUAUCAGUAUUUUCUUAACCUUUGUGACUGUUUCAAUAUUACCCCCUGAAAGCUUUUUCUUAAUGUAACUUUGAGUACAUUUUAAUUGCCUUCUAUUUGUAAAACCCAAAGUCAUUAGUUGGGCUUUACUGUUCUUCCUACUGAACGGCAUAUUCAUCUGCCUGGGUAUAUUUCUACUCUUGACCAAAGUUUUGUAAGAAACAAUACAAGAUUUGGGGUGGGAGAAUGGGAAGGGGAGGACAUUUUAUUUGAACACUAUUUACAAAAGGCUUACAAGUUUGAACUCAGGAGUGUAGAUUUAGCUGUCUAGACUCUUAAAACAACUUUGCUUUAAAACUGUUAAAGUAUUUCUUUACAAAAGAAAGAUCUCGAUAAAGCUAAAAGGAACAUUUCACCUUUUGAAUAUUUAAUUUUUAUGUGAACUCAUUUCUGAAAAACUUUGGUGAUGAUUCUUGUGACAAAAGGUAGUUAAUAGCAUUAUUAUGUAAUGCUUACAUAUUACAGAGUUUUUUAAUAAAAGUACAUGAGUUUCCUUUUAGGGACAUUGACAGAUACAUGCUUCCUAUGUUUAGUUUCCUGAUUGUGUUGGGUGCCUGAAUAUAUUUGCACAUUGCCUAAAGGCAGGAUGAGAUGAAUUGUAGUUCAAAAUGGUAGCAAAAAAAAAUAUGUAAACUCAAUGAAAGUCCUUUCACUGUUGGUAUUGUUUAAAUUUUUUUUUUAAUUUCUUAAAUGUAAAAUGACUACCUAAUUUUUUGAUGUAAACACAUUAAAUUUUAAAAAAUCAGGUGAUGUAAAGUGUAUUUUUUUCUUGAUGAUUAAAUAUUUAAUAUUUAUAUUUCUGAAUUGAUUGCUAUGGACAUAAUAGCAGUACAUAUAUCUUAAUAUGUCUUUUAACGUAAAGCAUUUUAAUUAAAAGAAUUCACACUUUAA